AUGGCUGACGACGCCCGCCAGCGCGCCAACGCAGCCUUCCGUCUCGGAGACUGGACCAGCGCCAUCGACGGCUACUCCUCCGCCAUCGACCAUCUCUCGCUGUCGGGGCUGCCGGACGACAAGAAGCUCUUUUCGAACCGCUCGGCCGCGCAUUACAAGCUCGCGCGCCACCUGCGCGAUGCCCAUUCCACGGACCGCCCGCGCAUCAGCCACCAUCUGGACGCCGCCGUCAAGGACGGCUCCGCCGCCGCGGAGAUAGACCCCGCCUGGCCCAAGGCCUGGUGCAGGAUAGGCGCCGCCCUCAUCGAGAGCGAGCGCUUCAUAGAGGCAAAGGAAACCCUGGAGAAGGGCUUUCAGCUCUGUCCAAAUAGUGAGGAUGUCGAGGUUCUGUACGAACGCGCGCUUGAGCUCUAUCAGGAGUUUGAGGCCGUCAGUGUCAGGGCCUUGGGGAGGGGCACGCGCUUGCUCGCCGAGAUGGACUAUCGUGGCGCUGUAGCUGCCUUUUCGGCCGCUAUUUCCGCAUGCGAAGCAGAGGACCGCUUUCCCUCCAAGGAGAUGUAUGCCGCACGUUUUGAUGCCUACAUUGCUCUUGCCAAGAGGGAACAACAGUUUGGGGAGCCAGACACUUGCUUUGACUAUGCCUUGGACGACGCCGACCGAUGUAUCAGGGUUGCCCCUACUUGGCCACGUAGUUGGGUUGCCAAAGGAACAGUUCUCAAGUUGACAGAUAAAAUGUCCGAAGCCCUCAAAGUCACAAAGAAGGGGCAGGAGUUGUGCCAAGAGGAUGAUGAACUCAAUCAACUGGUGAAAGACAUUUCCCGUAUUUUGGACGACCGGGAGCGAGAGGCACGUAACUCGAAAACUGAGUCUGCUCGAACCGCAAAGCGCAAUGGCGUCGUCAAAGAGACAAGCUUGUACGAUGUUUUGGGCGUCAAACCCGACGCUACGGAUUCCGCCAUCAAAAAGGCGUACUAUCUGCAAGCGAAAAAUUGUCAUCCUGAUAGACAUCCUGACGAUCCCCAGGCCACGGAGAAGUUUCAGAAAUUAGGCGAGGCUUAUCAAGUACUUUCGCAGGAAGAGACACGAAACUUGUACGAUUCGAAUGGCAUGCAAGGCUUGGACGAGAAUAACGUUGAAACGAUGGAGGCAAAUCAACUCUUUGACAUGCUAUUCGGUUCCGAUCAGUUUGAGUUCCUCGUUGGUGACUUGCAACUCGCUUCUUUAGCCUCUAAUGUAGAUGAAGACGGAAACGCCCCGGCGGAGGACUUUUUGAAGAAAAUCCAAAAGCAGAGAGUUCGAAAGCUUGAGGAUGAGUUGAUACGAAUCUUACGGCCAUGGACGGAUGGAGACAAGAGUGCUUUUAUCCAAUGGGCGUACACGAAGGCCGCGUGCAUGGCCGAGUCGAACAGCGGCCCGGCAAUGUUGUACACAAUAGGACAGAUAUAUGCGCGGAAGGCAGACAUAUAUUUAGGGCGUGACCAUUUGCUAGGGAUUCCUGCGAUGAUGAGCUCGUUUGGGUACACGACGCACAAAUUGUCAACACAGAUCAAAGCGUCGGGAGCUGCGUUGAAAGUGAUGGACAAGCAACGCCGGAUGCAGGAACGGGUCAUGCGGAUGGAAAAGGAAGGGCGCUCGAUCGACGAAAGCGAGGCGCAACGGAUGGCGCUGGACAUGGUCGAAAAUGCGUUUGAUAUGAUGUGGAAAAUCACUGUUGUUGAUAUUCAAAGCACAAUCGAUGAAGUGGCAAGUUUUAUCCUUGACGGGAAGGAUUUGCGGGACAAUACAGUGGAGUUGGAAUGCUUGAUACAGGACCUCGACGAGGAAGGACGGUUGAGUAUUACAGGACCGGGGAUUUUACAUGCGCCGUACACGAUGGGAUCUGGUACAGUGGUGGAGUCUGGUGUGGACAAGUCCAAGACACAGUCGCGGUCGAUGUUAGACAAUUUGGAAAAGGGAAUCGAACGGUUUCUGCUUCCAAAGAAAGAGCACACGGAAGGGAAACGGGUGAGAAAACGGGCCGACGUGCUGCAUGCAAGAGCGACCGGGCUGAGAAAGCUGGGAAAGAUUUUCAUGCAGGUCGGCCAAGACUCGGCAGCAUCAGCGGUGACGAUUGGAUCGGCAGCUGGAGCGGCAGCCGGAAGUGAGAACGGUGGGUCACCACGGCGAGAAGGAUUUGCAGCAGAUGGCGAUGGUAUACAUAAACGAGGCAGUGAAACGAGUUCGUCGGUUUCAUGACAGAGCAAACGCGAGUGUGACAAGAAAAUAUUAGAUCAAGUGAUACACGCUCGAAAAGUAGGCGUGUAUCUAAAUUUACUGUAGGAGAUGCUUAACUUUUUAUGUACAGUACCAGAAUUGAAAACGGACUCCCCACGUGUCGUACGUGUGAAAUGACAAUGACAGCGUGUCCCCGUGUCCACGUACGAAGACGGCGCAGCUCGGGAGAUAUUGUUGGAUU